UAAAUGCGGGCAAAUAUUGCUCCAGCACAAACACACACUCCACAAUUCGGUGGAAUAUUAUUAUUAACUUUUGCUGAUCCCAGAGCCAUCAUCCGAGCCUGAUUAUUGACUCAUCAAGUGCGAACUUAACUUAGCGCUGUUUGGACUACUUAUUAGUCCAUCAUGUUUACUGUCACCAUUUGGUGUAGUGGUUCGACCGAGUGACCGGUAAUGGAAGUUUCCUGGUGAAGAUGGAUCUGUAACUGAUAAUCGUCACCCAGAGCGUCUGACCAGUGUACAAGUACAGGAAAACGACGAUCAGCUUAACGAUCGGGUUUUAGUGCAAAUUAUUUCGCCAUUGUUUGUGUCUGACGCGCGUGGGAUCUGUUUUCGCACCACGUGUUGAAUUGGAGUUAGUAUAGUUUAUAAUCUACUUAGCUAAUCUGGGCAGGUUAAAUUGUUUCAAAUGUUCAUAAAAUGGCUUUUAAUGGCAUCUCAUCUGUCUAGCGCAAGUCAUUCACACCACUCUUUUAAUUGAUUUGAAAUCGAAUUUGACCCCAUUCUUAUCAAAGUAAAUAUACAGUCUUAAUCCAGAACUAUCCGGCAAACACGCGAGUGCAACAGCGAGCUAUUCCGCGUAUUUGCUUGUGCCACUUCACCGCGGGGGGAUAAUCCGUCUGAACACCAAUCUAAGUGGCUUAUCUAUUUGAAAAGGGGUUUGCCCUGGACGCAGCACGGUCAGCGCAUUCUUCAUCAGUUGUUACUAGACAGGGGAGGUGCAAUAGUUGUGCGUGGACAGCCAAGCAGUGAUGACUCCGAGCUUGCCGGACAGCCGGACAACGGUCCCGGUUGUUACGAUACCGGAGUUGGUUUCUCCAGCUGGGAUGAAGAAGAGUGCGGAAGCGUUUUCGAAAUAUGAUGCGGAAGAGGACAUCUCCGAGAAGAUGCCCCAGCUAGGCCAGCUGAUGGCCGCCAAUUUCCGGAACGGUUGCUGCAGCGAAAAAAUGGUGAAGAAACGGCUGCCGAUUCUGCAGUGGUUGCCCAGCUACGAGCGGCAGUUCUUUGUGGAAGAUCUGGUGGCCGGGUUAACCGUUGGGCUUACGGUGAUCCCGCAGGGCAUUGCGUACGCUGUUGUGGCUGGGCUGGAGCCCCAGUACGGGCUGUACUCGGCCUUCAUGGGGUGCUUCGUGUACGCCUUGUUCGGAAGCUGUAAGGACGUUACAAUUGGGCCAACGGCCAUCAUGUCGCUGAUGGUGCAGGUCCACGUGGCCAACCUCGGGCCGGCAUUUGCCAUCCUGUCGGCGUUCUUGGUGGGGUGUGUCGUGCUUGGUUUGGGACUGCUCAAUCUAGGCUUUCUCGUACAAUUCAUCUCGAUGCCGGUUACGGCGGGAUUCACGUCGGCCGCGGCCAUCACCAUCGCCAGUGGGCAGGUGAAAUCGCUGCUAGGAUUGCCGGGACAGUCGAACGAGUUCCUUGACUCGUGGGAAAACGUGUUUCACAACAUUCACCUGACCAGGCUCUGGGACACGGUCUUGGGCGUCGCUACGAUUGUGAUUCUGUUGGCGAUGAUGCAGCUCAAGAAUUUGACCGGUCGCUGGAAGGCCGCUGGCAAGUACUUGUCGCUGUCCCGGAACGCCCUCGUUGUCAUCGGGGGAACCGUGCUGGCGUACCUGCUGAGCAUGGGAGGUGAAACGCCGUUCCUGUUGACGGGCAACGUCACCUCCGGCUUGCCAUCGUUCCAACCUCCGCCCUUUUCCACGGUUGUCAACAACCAAACCUACUCAUUUUCGGAGAUGGUCUCCGAGCUGGGCUCGUCCGUCAUCGCUCUGCCUCUGAUUGCCAUCCUCGAGAGUAUCGCCAUUGCGAAAGCCUUCUCGAAAGGAAAAACUAUCGACGCCACCCAGGAGAUGAUUGCCCUUGGCAUCUGUAACAUCCUCGGAUCGUUCGUGUCCUCCAUGCCCGUGACGGGUUCCUUCACCCGGUCAGCCGUCAACAACAACAGCGGAGUGCGGACACCCGCCGGAGGAAUCACAACCGGACUGGUGGUUCUGCUAGCGCUAGGACUACUCGCCAGUACCUUUUACUACAUUCCGAAGGCGGUCCUCGCUGCGGUCAUCAUUGCCGCCAUGUUCUUCAUGGUGGAAUUCCACGCGGCGGCCGAAAUCUGGCGCACCAAAAAGAUCGACAUCAUCCCAUUCCUAGCCACCCUGAUCUCCUGCCUCCUACUCGGUCUCGAAUACGGAAUGCUCGUCGGAAUCGGCGUCAACAUGUGCUUCGUGCUGUAUCUGACCUCGCGACCCAAAAUACACCACCGCAUCCAGCGCGUCCACAACUCCGACCUCCUCAUCGUCACCCCGGACCAAUCCCUGGUUUACUCCUCCGCCGAGUACCUCAAGUACCACGUGAUCAAACUAUCCGCCAAGUCCGGCCACCACGUCCAGCUGGUCGUACUCGACGGAUCGACGGUGAGCUACAUCGACUCGACGGUCGCGAAAAUCCUCGCCAGUAUCGUGGAAGAUCUGCGACUGCAGGAUCGUUCGGUGGUUUUCUGGAACUGGCAACGCUCGGUUCAGAACACGGCCUGCCGGCUCGAUCAGGAGCUGUUUGUUCCGCUGUUCCACCGGGGAGAGACGCUGGAUGAGCUGGUGAAGCAGCUGGACAAUCGGAUUGAGGCGUGAGCAGAGUGCGAGUAAGUAACAGGUAACGGGUAAUUUAUUUUGUUUUAGAUUUAAGUCAAUUUUAGAGAGCGAUCCAAGCGCAAAAGUGAUACAUGAAACGAUUUCUUCCUGAUGUAGAAUAGAGUAACCAUUUGAUUUAAAAUUACUGUUGAUUGUGCAACAUAUCGGAUGAAAUCGCGAAGCAUUUGAAUACUAGUCAUCAAUUGGCAAAAUUAAA